CCAUCCACACUAUCUCCACAAGCUCCUAUAUUUCAUUCAUUCAUUCAUUCUCUAUCUUCUCAUUUCCAUCAACACAAACACAAAUCAGUGUUUGUUUUGAAACCAUAGUAGUAAUGGCAACCACACCAGCUUUGUAUGGAACUGCUGUCAGCACCUCCUUCCUCAGGACUCAGCCAAAACCAACAUCAGCCACAACACCAAAAGCCUUUUCCAAUGGCUUUGUUGGUUUGAAAACUGUUCUUAAACGUGGAGAUCUUGCAGUUGCCAUGGCUUCUUACAAAGUGAAACUAGUCACACCAGAAGGCACUCAAGAGUUUGAAUGUCCAGAUGAUGUUUACAUUCUUGACCAUGCUGAGGAAGUUGGAAUUGACCUCCCUUACUCAUGCAGAGCUGGCUCUUGCUCUUCAUGUGCUGGUGUAGUUGUGAAUGGUGAAGUUGAUCAAUCUGAUGGCUCUUUCCUUGAUGAUGAACAGAUUGAAGGUGGCUUUGUUCUUACCUGUGUUGCUUAUGCUAAGUCUGAUGUUGUUAUUGAGACUCACAAGGAAGAAGCACUCACUGCUUAGUUUUUCAACUCUCAUGUUGCUACUAUGAUAUGAUAUGAUAUCAUGUUAUGUAUGUUUCUUGAAUUUUUACAUUUUGUGUCUCUACAAUGAGUAGUAACUCUAUUGAUUCCUUCACUUGUUUGUAGUAACAUGUGAAGUUAAUAAUGUUUAUGUUUGUCAUUUUUCUUGUUUUUUUUGCUCACAAUAUUAUAUGAAUUUUGAUAUUUUUCAUCUA